CCUGCAGUCUGGAACUAGCGGAUGUGUGCCAGAGUCUAUAGACCUAGACCUAGAAGAGCCAGUGUCCCACUUACAGACCCCUCUUUCCUCUUUCAGCAUCAGGCCAGACAGACAGACGGAGCAGGACAACCAUAGGAUACCACAUGCCCAGCUAAGAAGGGGAGAAGAGAGAGACAGAGAAGAAGAGACAAAGAGGAAGAGAUAGAGAAAGAUUGAGAGGAGAAGGGGAGACGAGUGAGACAGAAGAAAAGUACUUUCUGUAAGAGAAGAGGAAAAGGAGGAGAGAUGCCUGCUGCCCUUCUCAGACCCAGAGGGCCCCUGGCCCAGACCAACCUGAUCAGCACGCUGUUGUUGUCUCUCUGUCUCCACACCGGCCCCGUCACUGGAGGCAUAAUGAAGGCUGAUGAGAUCCAGAAUGGUGGCGGGGACACCAUCAGCCACUCCCUGGCCCUGGUGCAGCGUCUGGAGGCCCUGCUGGCUCAGGGGAACGGCAGCGAUGUGGCCCUCAGGGUGCAGACAGUGGGAGCAGAGCAGGUAAAGGUGAUCCAGGCCCACUCCUUGAUGCUGUCCCUGCAGAGCCCUGUGUUCGAGGAGCUGCUGCUCAGCCGUAACGGCACCACCCUGGUCCUCCUGGAGACCGCUGAGUGUGCUGCCGUCUUCGACAAGUUCAUCAGGCUGGUCCUGAAGCUGCCUUCUUCACUUGACUUUGUGCUGAAUUGUAAACACACACACACACACAGGUACCUGUAUUGUGGAGAGAUCUCCCUGUGUCUGGAGCAGGCCACCUAUCUACACAAGCUGGCCACCAAGUACCGCGUCCAGGGCCUUCAGCAGGGGGUCACCCAGUACAUGACCCAGAACCUGGCCACAAACUCCCCUUCUGGACACGUGGUGGAAUGGUACCAGUACGCCCUGCAGACUGGCGACGUGGCCCUGAGGGACAGCUGUCUGCAGUACUUGUCCUGGAACCUGUCCUCUGUGCUGCAGAGUGGGGAGUGGACCACCGUCAGCAAUGACCUGCUCAUGACCCUGCUGCAGCGCUCAGACCUCAUCCUGCAGAGUGAGAUGGAGCUCUUCGCUGCACUGGAAGCCUGGAUCAACCAGAACGAACCGGAUGCUCUAACAGCCGAGAACGCUCUGAGAGCUGUCCGUUACGCCAUGAUGCCCCCGCGGGAGCUCUUCCGCCUGCAGACCCAGUCUCCUGUUCUGGCCCGCUACCAGGAGUCGGUUCGGGACCUCCUCUACCAGUCCUACCAGUUCCACUCCGCCUCCCCCCUCCACAUGGCCAAGUACUUUGACGUGAACUGCAGUCUCUUCAUGCCCAGGAACUACCUCUCCCCAGCCUGGGGGAGUCCUUGGGUCAUCAACAACCCCAUGAGGGACGACCGCAGCACCAGCUUCCAGACACAGCUGGGACCCAGCGGCCAUGAUGCCAACAAGAGGGUGACCUGGAACGCACUGUUCUCGCCCCGUUGGUUGCCCCUCAGCAUGAGGCCAAUGUACUCCGAACAGGGCUCCACGCAGCCGACCCGCGUUGACGGAGGCCGCCUGCGAAUCAUUAUUACUCCCGCUACGUCAAGUGCGGACUUUGCCGGGGUGAGCUUCCAGAAGACGGUGGUGGUGAUGGCAAGGAAGCAGGGAAAGAUGGUGGUGAGACAUGUUUAUAACUUCCACCAGAGCACCGAGGAGACUGGAGACUUCUUGGUGGAUGCUGAUCUGCACCGCAAGAUGUCUGAGUACCUGGUCGAUGGUUCCCUCCAUCUACACAUCGUGGUCAAGCCACUCUACCAGACACUCAUCGCUACCAAGAAAUGACCCCCUCACUCUUUCUAUGUGCCCCAAUUCUCUAUCCUUCUGCCAUACGUGUGCACUUGUUCACUUCCCUUCAUGCAUUUACAUUUUAAUCAUUUAGCAGAUACUCUUAUCCAGAGCGACUUACA